UACGAGAAUGACAACCCACACCGACCCAGCCCGGGUCGCCAGCAUCCUCUCCUAUCCCAAUAUGACAGCUCACUGAUCUCCUGCAAAACAAUCCAAAGACUCUGGGCCGGUUACGGGCAGAUAUGCUCCGUGACCGCGCGAGCGGGCAGUGGAGAGGCAGCAACGCAUUUACACGAAGUGUGCUACGGCUCGAAUUCGAAUUCAGAUUCAAAGCGAAAUGGACCCGCGAAAGCAAAAGCAGGAGACACAUUCCAAUUAAUUCUCAAACUUAUCUCGCCGCCGAAAAACUCUAGCUCUAGCACUGCAGGACAACCCGACGAAGGCCAUCUGCGCAAAAUGUUCAGUUACGAAGUCGAGCAGUACUUUUAUCGCCAUAUCGUCCCUAGUCUGGAUGGGUUAGGCGUUGCGAAGUGUCUUGUCUCGACGUCGGGCUCGGAGCCUAAGCCUGAUCAACUCACUGGCUGUAUGGCGAUUCUCAUGGCUGAUUUACGGAGCACGUACCCCGUUUCCGGGGAGAAGAGGAGCGUUCUUUCUUCGGCUCAGGAGUAUGCUCGACGAGCCAAGGCAGUGGGGAAAGACGAAGACGAUAGCGAAAGCGAAAAUAAAAAUGAAAUUGCCAGUGGGAAUGUAUGGCUCAAUGGUGGAUACACUUAUCUUGCAACAAGGCGGAAGGAAUAUGCUUCCCUGGUCGAGGACGAUUCUUCCGAAUGGUCGAGGGCAUUCUGUGAACCUUUUUCCACAUCGUUAGGCUCAGUCUCAGGCUCAUCAUCGACGGCCGAGUUGGCAGCUUUGUGUUUAACACCCCAAGGCCGGGCAAUGGAAUCCCUUAUCCACGGCGACGUGAAGUCCGAGAAUCUUUUUACAUCGGAAUCUGGUGACGAUGUUGCCUUUUUCGAUUUCCAGUAUGUGGGUCUUGGGCUGGGUGUUUGCGAUCUUGCGAAGUUGUUUACUUGUUCGGUGCCGGUGGAUAUGCUUUUGGAUGGAGGAAACCCAGAGUCACGGUCACGGUCAGGGUACUAUCAAGAUCUGCCUGAUUCUUUGGCUAUGUGUGCUGGGGAGAAGAUCUUGCUCGAGCGAUAUCGUGCGUCGUUGUUGCGGGGAAAAGAGCAAAACUCGGAGUUUUACGAUUGGGAUUUGUUUGUGCGGCAUUGGGAGACUGCUUUGGUGGACUGGUGUCGAUUCCAGGCGUCUUGGGGAUUUUGGGGAAAUACGGAGUGGCUUGAGGCGCGGGUUAGGUUUAUUCUGGACGAUGAGGGGUGGAGGUGUUGGUUGGAGAAUGAUAUUAAGAACUUGAAGGUUCAGGUUUAG